UCCACAAAAAAACGAAGUCCACAAACGGACAAGCCCAAGCCAGGUUCCCCUCCAAGACGGCCUACGGCGCUGGAGGAAGCGUCGGCGAUGGCGACCCCGGCGAAGGAGGCGGCGGUGGCGGCGGGGAAGAGAGAUGAGCUCGCGGAUUCGCUGGCCGAGCUCUUCACCAACGUCUCCCUCAUGGUCCGCGGCGAGCUCCAGGGAACUAACGGCCAGCUAGGACUACUCGAAAAGAUGAAUCAACGUGUGGCAGAUGAAUACAAUAGCUAUGGAGACGUUGCAUCUGGUCUGCGAGUCUUCGUGGAGCAACUGAAUGAGAAAAACCAAGGGUUUGAGGAGUACACGUCCCAGAUUGACGCGAUAGACCAUCAGGUGACCGAGUUUGAGGCGGUGGUGUCCAUGCUCGAUAAGCAUGUCUCCGUGUUGGAAAAGAAAGUGAAGUCUGUUUAUCAGCUGUGAUGGUUGGACAGGCGUGUCAUUCUCCGGUGCACAUCCUACAAAGAUUCCCGCAAAUUUUCAAUUCUUGGAACAGAUCGUACGGGCUGGUCAAUGGCAUGUGGUGCAGUGGAGCUGAAGCCUCUGCCAUUGAAAUUUUCUUGUUCCGGAGCGUUUUCACAUGCAACUUGGCACCAUUAUCAUUGCAGUUUGCUACCGCCUUUCACUUGCACGUUUUGUCUUUGUCGACGUUGUAAGCAGCCUUGAACUCCCAAUUUGUGUAUAAGUAGGGUUAUCAUUGAAAGAAGUGGCCAAAUCUUAAUCUUUAGUACUCCUCCUA